AUGUCGGGUUUUCUUCGUGAUCAUUCGUGUGCAACGGCACUUAUUAAGCUGACAGGCGACUUUAGAAAAGCUCUUGAUCAAAAGAAGGAUGUAGGUGUUGUGGCAAUCGAUUUGUCGAAAGCAUUUGACUCCAUAUGCCACAAUUUGUUGAUUGCGAAGCUAAAGGCUUACGGUCUGCAGGACAAUGCGUUGAUGUUAAUGAAAUCUUAUUUAUUUAAACGAAGCCAGAGGGUGAAAUGUAAUGGAGUCUUCUCAGAUUGGCUGACCUUAAAAUGUGGUGUCCCUCAAGGGAGCUUAUUGGGACCCUUACUAUUUAAUGUUUUCAUCAAUGAUCUUAACUGGUAUGUCGACAACACAUCACUCCGUCUUUAUGCAGAUGACACUACCCAGUACUCAUCUGAUACCUGUCCUGCCAUAUUAGAGUACUCGCUUAACCGUGAUCUACAGAAAUUAUCCUAUUGGUUCAAAGAAAACUUCUUGCAAAUCAACAAUGGCAAAACAAAAGCAAUGAUCUUAGGGAAAUCUGACUAUUUGUACAACCUUAAAAUUGACAACCAGCAUUAGAAAUUCACGAAUCUUUGAGAACACUUGGAGUGACACUGGACAGAAAUUUAGAUUUCAAGCAGCAUAUUGACGAGAUAUUAAAGAAAUCCUAUGGAAUGAUUGCUGCCCUACGACGCCUUAAGAGAAUGGUUCCGAUAAAUAUUAUAACAAGUUUGUACAAAGCGUAUGUUUUACCUUGUUGGUUUGAAACGCUUACUUAAAAUUAGUUCAUUGUCCUUCAUAAAUAGUUCAUUAUGUUUUAGUUAAUAAUAUAGUUAAUUUGAUUGAUACCAGGACGGAAACGGCUAUACCAUAUGUUCCUAAUAGACUAGAUAGCGUGAGUUAG